GUUAUAUCUGAAGUGGGAGGAAACUAUUUCACAGCCCCACCCCUCACGUGUACUGUACCUCCUGCACCCCUUUGACUCUACACAACACCCUUUUUUUGCCGCAAUUGUGCGUGUGUGUUUGCCUGUGUGUGUGUGUGUGUGUGUGUGUGGAGGGAGUGCUGAGUGCUGUGUCAAUGUAUGGCGUAGAAAUUGAGUUGAAUGACAAGUUCAGGUUUUAUGGUUGUCUAUGAAAAGGAGAAUAAAUGUGCUGGUUGUUUGGCAUGGAGGGGAGGCUUGAGAAGAGCAAGGUGAUGGGUUUGACGGCUACAGCGGUGGGGGAAACUUAAUAUAACAUUCCAUCAUAUCCAAAUUAAUGUGGAAAACGUGAAAUGGUGGCCAAUAAAUAAUUAAAAAAACAUUGGAAAAAAAUGUCUUCAGUUCUGUUUUUUUUUUCUCUAGAUAACUGCCUUAUUGCAUACUUGGUAUGGCCAAAUGCCAUUACUCUACAUAGAACUAUUUCUACCCCUUUUAUAAUUAUCUGUUACACGUCUCAAGAAACUUGACAUUUUUGGUUUAAGUUUACUAUGAAAGUCAAGGAGCAGUAAUUGCUAAUAGUGACCUGACCCUGGGGUCUUGAUGUCGUUAACAAUUUUGGUCCAUGACCCAACCCCACUGACUCGUGAUCCCUCAAAGUUUCAUCAAGCACCAUCAUCCUUUGACCCCUAUACAGCUAAUCAUCUUCUCCCCACUCCUCCGCUGUACUAAUUUGCUAAAACACAGACUGACCAAUGGUAGAUAUUGUACCUGCUAAACGCCAGCAUGCUGGAAGCAACGUCUUAAACUUGUAGAAUGUAAAACAUCUUAAGUCCACUGUCCUCAAUUGAAGGAAGUAUUCCAAAUUUGGCAUUUGUGCUAUACAUUAUUUGUGUUUCAUCACCAAUUUACUGAUAUUGAAAACUAGUCAUUUGGAAAUGACCCACCCUGUGUCUCACAUCUGUGAUUGAGAUCAUUAUCUUAUUAAGAUCAGGCAGUAAAUGGUAAACAACAUACACGCUGGGCAGCUUGCACAAGACAACAGCUUCCAGACCAACCCGACUCAUCUCUUGGGAUGUCACCUCUAUUUUUAAGUGGUGAUAGUGUGGGAUGGUGACAGCAGAGGUUACUGGCCGUCUGGAGACACUGGAGUUGUAUCAGGCUUGUUGCAUGCUUGCAAGCGAUAUCUGACCAGAGCUCUUCUCAUCUUCCAAAUUUAGCUUAAAAUAGCCAGACGAAAAGUAUAAAAGGCCCCACACAGAGAGGCUUGUUGAUAGACAAGGAAUCACCAGACUGCAAGCGAGCCACUCUGAGAAGCAUACUUCAUCUCUCUGCAGGAGCACAGUCUCUUCUGCUCCGAUUUUUAAGACUUGAAGAAAGUCUAACUUAAACUUUGUAAGGGUAUUGUGGUCAUAAUUUUUUUUUCUCAGGAUGAAAUACUUUCAUUGCCCCAUAUCUCAAACUAUGGGAAUCAAGGCCCAGGAAUGUGGCAUUUCAGUCACCUGCAAGAACGCUGCUUCUCUGAAGCCACUCCGCAGUGUGCACUUCCCCAAUGACAUUGUUUUCCUGGAUUAUGUGCGACAAGGGGAGCUGGAGAGGAUUGGACAGUUCAUACGAGCCGGAAGAGUUAACCUGGACACCAUCUACCACACUGGCAUGGCCGCCAUGCACGAGGCCGUCCUGUCUGGGAACCUGGAGUGUGUGAAGCUGCUGGUCAACUACGGAGCCAAUGUCCACCAGAGGGACGAGGAGGGGUGGACCCCACUGCACAUGGCCUGCAGCGACGGCUUCCCACACAUUGCACGUUACCUUCUCGAACUGGGCGCCGACCCUGAGCUGGAAAACGACUGCGGGGAGAAACCGUCUGACCUCAUUGACCUGGACAACAGGGAGCUGUUGGAGCUCUUUGGGCUGGCCAUCAACGACUGAGAACUUGUCGCUUCAGAAGCCACAAGCUCGGCUGAAGCAAAGCGCCCGGUCAAUCGACUGUUCUAAGGCGAUCGAUGGAAAAGGCCACGUUGGUCCAGCCAUCUGAUGGUGCGAAGCGGCCUCAGCUCUAGAGGGCAAAGACUCUGGAUGUGUGGUGGAAAGAAGGCUGCUGGAGUCCGUCGGCUAACUCCCGACUGAAGAGACCUCCUGCCAGCAAGGGGCUUCCCCUGAACUGCAUCAGUAGAGAUUUACUGUGUUGUGCAAGAGCUUCUACUGCAGUGAAAGUAAAUUGCAUGAAACUGUUUUACUGUCAGCUAAUUAGCAGCUCUAUGAAAGCUAGGACUAGCUUGUCAUAGCUGACUUUGGUGGCAAAAAACUUUAUUCAGUAGUUUGUAGUUUACUUUUUAUACUUUGCCUUUUCAAAUAAAAAAACCUUUUUGCACUA